AUGCCGUCGGUAAAGAAUCCAAACGGCCCCUCGAAAAACCGCCUCGCAGCCCGCGCCGCCAAAGCGCGAAAGCAGAACCAAAAGCGCAAUGCGGGCGCAGCUCUCGAGCGCAAGAGCAGAGUCGCAAAGGCAGAUGCGAAGCGAGGCGCGCGCGCUGGAAUAUUACCUACUAGCGGUCCGAAUGCAGCGCUAAGCGCUAAGAAGCGUAGAAAGCUGGAGAGGAAGAUGGGACACGCGGUUAAGCGGCAGAUGGAGGCGGAGGGUGAGGUUGAGAUGAAGGAUGUUGCUGAGGAGAAGACGGCGGAGACGAAUAAGACGGCUGAUGAGGAUAUGGCUAUUGAUAAUGAUGACAUUUCAUGA